GCCCACCGCCGCAGUCCAUCGCGCCGCCGACGACGUCGUCCAUUGUGACAUGGGUGACAACGUACAAGUCGCGGUGCGCGUCCGGCCGUUCAACGAGCGCGAGAAGUCGAUGAACAGCGUGUGCUGCAUACGAAUGGUCAAAGAAACCCAGCAAACCAUUAUCACAGACCCCGAGACAUCCAUGGACAAGUCGUUCACAUUCGAUUUUAGCUACGACUCGUUCUCGCCCCCUGGAGACCCCAAGCACGCGUCACAGGACACCGUGUGGGACGAUCUCGGCAUCAAAGUCUUGGAACAUGCGUGGACCGGAUUCAACGUGAGUUUGUUUGCAUAUGGCCAGACAGGCGCGGGCAAGUCGUUCUCCAUGGUCGGGUACGGCACCGACAAAGGGAUCAUUCCUCGAGCGUCCGAGGUGAUCUUCCAGCGUAUCCACGGCGCGGCAGCGGACGGCACGAUCUUCAAGGUCGAAGCGAGCAUGAUGGAGAUUUACAACGAAAAAGUGAAAGAUCUGUUCAACCCGUCGUCGGACAACCUCAAAGUGCGUGACCAUCCGAGCCAGGGUCCGUACGCCGACGGCCUCACGCGCAGCGCCGUGUCAACGUACGACGAAAUCACAGCCCUCAUGGAAGCUGGGAUCAUGGCCCGCACGACGGCGUCGACAAACAUGAACGCGACGAGUUCGCGGGCCCACACGAUCUUCCAAAUCAUCCUGACACAGUCGCAACUGGACCCCUCGUCCAACAAAAUGAUGGACAAGGUGAGCCGCAUCAACCUCAUCGACUUGGCGGGCAGCGAGCGCGCUGCAAGCACGGGGGCGACUGGCGCGAGGCUCAAGGAAGGGGCAGCAAUCAACCAGUCCCUGUCAGCCCUGGGAAACUGCAUAUCUGCUUUGGCGGACAACGCCAACGGCAAGAAAAAGACGCUAGUGCCAUAUCGAAAUUCCAAGCUGACGCAUCUCCUCAAAGAUUCACUGGGCGGGAAUGCCAAAACGAUCAUGAUUGCCGCAUUGAGCCCCGCUAGCGUCAACUUUCAGGAGACCCUCGGGACGCUACGAUAUGCCGAUCGCGCGAAACAAAUCAAGAACCAAGCGAUCGUGAACGAGGAUCCGAAUCAAAUGCUCAUUCGUCAAUUGAAAGAAGAACUUGAGCAGCUUCGUCGAGCGAUGAUCGAGAGCGGCGGCAUGGACCCAGGGGCACGCCCCAGUUCCCGCAUGACCACACGAGACGACCCAGCGCUGGCGAAUCGCCCGGAAACACGGAUGCUUUCCCGGGAGGAGGCCGAAGAGCGGCGGCAAAAAGAGGCUGAAAUGGCUGCAAUACGUGAACAGCUUGAGGAAAAUCAGCGACUGCUACGAGAGAGCGAGAAAUCCUGGACGGACAGGUUGAAAGAAACCGAGGAGCUGGCAAAGAAGCGCGAGGAGCAGCUCAAGGCAAUUGGGCUGUCGACGAAUCUCCACGACAUUCGAGCUAAGGCCAAGACGGAGCCGCACUUGCUCAACUUGAACGAAGACCAACAAAUGAGCGAAAAGCUCUUUUACUUUUUUCAAAUCGGGCAAAAUCGAGUCGGGCGAAGCGACGCCGACCAGCCGCAGACCAUCAUAUUGGGCGGACUCGGGAUUCUGAAGGAGCACUGCAUGGUUGAGCGGCAUGAGGUGGACACAGACCUCAAAAUCACGGCGAUGCCUGGGGCAAGCGUUGUCGUGAACGGUGACUUUGUCCCGAGUGGAGAGACUCGCGUGCUCCAACACAACGAUCGAUUAAUUCUGGGCAAUGUGAACGUAUUGCGGGUGGUGAUACCAGCCCAACGAACGGAAGAAAACACUGGCGCCGACGCCACGUACGACUGGCAGUUUGCCAUGAAAGAAAUGAACUGCAAGCAAAUGGACUUCAAGGACGACGUGAGCCAGACGGACAAGGAGGUAGCGGAGAUGGAGAGUCGGAUCAAAGACAUGGAGGCGCGGAUGAAGGAAGCCCAGGAAAGCGCGAACGUCAAGAUGGACAAGCAGCGCGAGGAGUGGGAGGCCCAUGUCAAGUUGAUGCAGGAGGAAAUGAAGCGGAAGGAAGUCGAGCUGAAGAGCCAGUUGCAGCGCACGGAAGAGGGCGGCGACGUGGACAAGAAGAAGCUCGCGGAGCAACUCGCGGAGCAAGAGACCAAGCUCGCCGAGGAAAUGGCCAAGGCCGAAGUUGUGUACGAACGCAAGCAGUCGGAACUGAUGCAAAAGCAGCGUGACCUCGAACAGAGUUUGCAAAAACAAAUGCGAGAAACCAAGCGGCUGGCUGAAAAAAAGGAGCGCGAGCAGCUGGAGCGAUCAUUACUUGCCCAGGAGCUCUUGCGAACGAUCCCCCUCGUGAAGGAAGCCAACUCGAUCUGCGAAGAACUUCACAAGCCCGUGACGUUCUCUGUCAAGCUACUACCGACAAAGCCCAAGUUGGCGCAAUUGGGACUCCACACUGACAUGACGGACGCGAUCGGGACGGAGCUCAAGGUGUUCGUGACGUUCCAGGAUGCCGGCACGUACCGGUCCGUGCUAUGGGACGUUGAAAAGUUUGACAACCAAAUUUUUGAAAUGCGCGACUUAUACCAGCUUUUUCUCGAAAACGGCCGCAACCACGAAACCAUUGCCGUUCCCGAAGGCAAUAUCGAUCCAUUUUACGAGCCUCCGACACCACAGUUGAUCGGACGGGCCUACGUCUUCCUCUCGACGUUGGAAUACGGUCUCAAGAUUGUGGACAACGUGCCCAUCUUGGACUCGCGGGGGGCUGUUUGCGGGACCAUGGCAUGCGAGCUCACGCCAACCGUGCUCUCCCAUCAAUGGCACGAUGACCAGCGGAGCCUCAUCGAAGAGACGUCGGGAAAGCCCAUUCAAGUGCCCACGUUGGGCAAUUACGUUGACACUUCGCUGCGUGUGCACAUCGUCGUGCCUGGCUUAUCUGGGAUUCCAGGCAAACUCUGUCGUGACGUAUUCGUUGCAUUCAAAUGGUUCCAAGACGAAUCAAACCACGUGUCACAGGUGGCAGCGACGGCAUCGGUCGAUCCGAUCAUGGACUUUGUCGUGUGCGUCGAAUGCCCCAUUACGAACGACUUGCUUGAAUACUUUCGGUCGACUCCUGUGGAAUUUUCCGUGUUUGGAAACGUCCCAAGCAGCUCGCUCAAGACACAGCCCCACGAAGUCCUGUCCCUCGACGACAAACCCACCAAGCCAAAGAAGGAAGGUGGCGACUCGAUCGAUUCGUUGCGCCAAGCGUUGGCGAUCGCCGAGUCCAAGUUGCAAAUGCAGGAAAAGGUGCUUGUCGAAAACUCGGUCGAGGUCGAAACCCAGCAUGCAGAACUGGAUGCUGUCCGUGCAGCGUUGGCCAAGGCGCAGGCUGAACGUGAUCAAAUGACAGAGCUCGUUGCCAAGUUGCAAAAAACCAAUCGAAACCUCAAGGAAAAGCUCGAGGACAGCUACAUCCACACAGACACGCCAGGUGCGGCAGUGCCUCGCGCCACGACCGGCAUCCAAACGGACGACACGUCAACGCUCCCAGCUCCAUCGAGUACCCCGAAGUCGUCCAAGAAGCACCGAACGAAGAAACGACCGGGGACCCAUCGAUCUCACGCAGAAAAGCUCGACGACGAAGACCGACAUGACUCGGACGUCUUGGAGGGCACUGGGCGAAAGGACGAGCCGAAGCAGCCCGUGCUAGCACCCUCUGAUGCAGUCGAAGCUCCUCCACCCACCAUGAGCAACACGCCCGUCGGGGCGAACGUCGUGCGCACCCCUCCAAAACCCAUCCCAAACCUGAACCCAGGCCAGACUGUCCCCGAUACCCUUUCGUUCACCGCCGCCCAACAUGUUGCUGGCGACAAUCUCUCUGCCAAUAGCAACAGCACCGUGUCGAUGAAACACGACAAGGCCAAAGGGUAUUUGUCGGCCCAAACGAGCUCCCCAGCCAAAGUGUACGUGGCUGACUCCGACCACCAUCCUAUCCCGGGAUCGUCGCUGCCGCCGAUCAAGCCAGGGGCAAAGCCACCGCCGCAAAGGUCAGGCAAAGACAAGUGCAUCGUGUCGUAGCAGCCUCUAUUUAUUAUCCCAUUCUUUGGUGUGCUGCCGUCGUGCCACGUCUUUGGUGUGCUGCCGUCGUGCCACGUCAUGGACUUGAAAGCCACAAAAAUACGACAUGCUGCCUGCCA